UGUUACCUAGUUGAGCAAUGAAACGUCUGCUAGAAAACCACCAAACUCAGAGGGCACCAAGUCCUCCUCCUCCUCGCCAUAAACCCCUUCUAGUACUGAUGAUGUUACCUAGCUGGGUCAUGAAACGUCUGCUAGAAAAUAACCAAGUUCAGAGAACACCAAGGACCCUGCAGUCGUCCUCCUCUCUGCACACCCCACUCCCUUCCAGCAACUGAUGAUGUCACCCAGUCGGGCAAUGAGAUGUCUUGCAAGAGAACCAGCAAGCUCAGAGAGCAGCAAAGACCCCUCAUUUCAACCCCGAGCUACAAAUACUUGAGAGUAACAGAGUUGGAAGGGACCUUUGAGGUCAACUAGUCCAACCUCCUGCCGACGCAUGGGAUUCCAACUAUCCUCCUUUAUUUGGAGCCUGGCUGUCCUUUGGCUUGAGCGUAGCCUUUGCCGGAUCGGCAUCAUCAACAGCAUCGGCCUCCAGGGAGGGGAUGAUGGGCACUACAGGCAGCCUUCCCCGCCCUCCCCCACCCAUUGGCAUGUCCGCCUCCGGGCUCCCCUCCCUCCGGAGGGCCGGUCCUUGCCGGGAGUCUCCGCCCGCAGCCCGCUGGUGCUUCGGCCGGGCCUUUUAUGGCAAUCCUGUGGCCGGAGGACGGCCUGGCGGGACUCAGCCCCCGCAGGAGCCGCCGGGGAGGGCUGGGCGGGUUCCGGAUGGGGGAGCGGCGCCCUUGGAUCGCGGAGGGGGAGGCAGCCCAUCGCUCGCUCGCUCUCCCGGGCAGCCUCGCCAACAGGGCGCCCGCGGAAGAGCAGAAGCCUUCCCGGCCGGGGGGGGCUGUUUGCACGCUUCCCCCUCCGCGCUCGCCCCCCACGCAUCAAUCCUCGGGCUUCGCGGCUUUGGAAAGCCGGCAAAUCCACCGGCUGUUCUCUGCUUUUCCAGCAACGUGGCUGGGAAGUCGUGGGAACGCAACGCCGGGACGGUUUUGGCCGCUGGGUUUGCUUUGCAUGCAUCUCCUGGAAGAUGCCAAGAUGUUGUUCUCUCUACUUGGGAAGAAUAAAAACCGCGGCAGAAAAUUACACAGGCUUCGUUCUGAGAUAUUCUUUGACUCUUUGGAGAAGACAGGGUGCCGUCCGCCAAGCAGUGUCGGCUGGCGGCCCCCAGGGGAAGGGCCUUCUCUGUGGGAGCACCUACUCUCUGGAACGAGCUUCCCCCCCCCCCCGGUUUACGCCAAUUGCCUGACCUUCGGACCUUUCGCCGGGAACUGAAAACUUAUUUAUUUAUCCAAGCGGGACUGGCCCGAUUUUUAAAUUUUAAAUUUUAAAUUUUUAAAUUGUAAUUUUAUUGGGUAUUUUAUAUGGUCAAUUGGACGGUUUUAAUUUCGGCCUUUUAUUGAAUAAGUUUUUUAAUUGUUAUUUUAGUGUGUAUAUUAAUUGUUUUAAUGUAGGCUGUACACAGCCCUGAGUCCUUCGGGAGAAGGGCGGUAUAAAAGUUUAAUUAAAUAAAUUAAUUAAUUAAUUAAACUAGACAUACCUGGUUCCUGCAACCGUUCUGUGUAUGUUUUACCCUCUAGUUCCCUAAUCCUCUUUGCUGCUCUUCUCCGCACUCUUUCCAACAUCUUUUGUGUAUUCAUAGCGACCAAAACUGGAUGCCGUAUUCCAAAGGUGGUCUUACCAUGGCAUUAUAAAUUGUUCCUAAAUGAAAUGAAAUUAUAAAUCAUUACUAAAUGGAAAAAAAAAACCCACACUGCGAAGGGAAAAGUUGAUCCUUGGGUUUUUUAUUCAAUCCUACCAACAACCCAGACAGGUAGGCCAGGGCAGAAUUAGGAUUUGAACUUCUGACCUAGCCUUUUCUUCUUUCAAGUGAUGCUAGGGUCACAUCUGCAGCAUUUGGUGGGUUCCUUUCAGAGGGAUUCUGUUUUGGGGGGGAGUUCAGCAACAAGGCCAGAAAUGUGGAGGAAGAAAAAGGUGGCUUUUGUGUUAAAAAGAAAAAAAAAUGAAGUAAAGGUUACUUAUUGAAGUAAAAUUGUGACUUACGACCACAAUUGAGUUCAAAUUUUCUGUUGCUAAGCAAGACUUAAAAUACUUAAAAUACUUUUUAAAAAAAAAAAAUACUUUUUUUUAAAAGACUUAAAAAAAGACUUAAAACAAUUUGGUUUCAGGAAAAACAAUUUGGUUUCAGGAAAAAGUUAUCAUGUAACUUACAACUUCUCCACUGCAAAAACAUAUGGACUUCAAAUCUAGAUCAAGGCAAAACAAUAGAUGCAAUCUACAUAGACUUCUGCAAAGCUUUUGACUCAGUAGUACACGAUAAACUUCUCCUUAAACUAACAUCCUAUGGCAUCUCAAGACCCCUCCACAAAUGGAUAUCUGCUUUUCUGUCUAACAGACAACAAGUGGUCAAAAUUGGCAAUGCUUUAUCAAAUCCUGUUCCUGUCAAGAGUGGCGUUCCUCAAGGCAGCGUCCUUGGACCAACACUCUUUAUUCUAUACAUUAAUGAUCUUUGUGACCAUAUCUCAAGUAAUUGUGUUCUCUUUGCUGAAGAUGUCAAACUAUUUAACACCACAGACAACACUUCUAUCAUUCAAAACGACCUUGACCAUCUAACCGCUUGGUCUAAAAAUUGGCAGCUCCAAAUUUCAACCAGCAAAUGCUCAGUCUUACAUAUAGGAAAAAAGAACCCAAACACUAAGUACAUACUAGAUGGACAUUACCUCACAGACGACCCCCAUCCCGUUAAAGAACUUGGAGUUUUCAUGUCAAAUGAUCUAAGUGCCAAAGCCCACUGCAAUUACAUAGCAAAAAAAGCUCUAAGAGUUGUAAACCUAAUUUUGCGUAGCUUCUUUUCCAAAAACACCACACUACUAACCAGAGCAUAUAAAACAUUUGCUAGACCAAUUCUAGAAUACAGCUCACCUGUUUGGAACCCUCACCACAUCUCUGACAUCAAUACAAUUGAACGUGUCCAGAAAUAUUUUACAAGAAGAGUUCUCCAUUCCUCUGAAAACAACAAAAUACCUUAUCCCACCAGACUUGAAAUCCUAGGCUUAGAAAACUUGGAACUCCGUCGCCUUCGACAAGACCUAAGUUUAACUCACAGAAUCAUCUAUUGUAAUGUCCUUCCUGUCAAAGACUACUUCAGCUUUAAUUGCAAUAAUACAAGGGCAACCAAUAGAUUUAAACUUAAUGUCAACCGCUUUAAUCUAGAUUGCAGAAAAUAUGACUUCUGCAACAGAAUCAUCAGUGCUUGGAAUACUUUACCUGACUCUGUGGUCUCUUCCCAUAACCCUAAAAGCUUUAACCAAAAACUUUCUACUAUUGACCUUACCCCAUUCCUAAGAGGACCAUAAGGGGCGUGCAUAAGCGCACAAACGUGCCUACCGUUCCUGUCCUAUUGUUUUUCUUUUCUUCUUCCUAUAUAUGUUUAUAUGUGUAUAUACUAUAUAAUCUUUUUGUAUGAUGUUAUGACAAAAUAAAUAAAAUAAAUAAAUAAAAGACAGUGAUUAAAUGAGUUUUGUCCCAUUU